CAGAAAAGGGGGCGGGGGACUCGGCUUGUUGUGUUGCUGCCCGAGGACCGGAGACAGUCCUGCUCCGGCCGCAGCUCUUCCAGCCGCCCGACAAUGUCGUCCCAUUUAGUAGAGCAGCCGCCGCCCCCGCACAACAACAACAACAACAACUGCGAAGAAGGGGAACAGCCUCUGCCCCCGCCAGCCGGCCUCAACAGUUCCUGGGUGGAGCUCCCCAUGAACAGCAGCAAUGGCAAUGAUAAUGGCAAUGGGAAAAACGGGGGGCUAGAACACGUGCCCUCCUCAUCCUCUAUCCACAAUGGAGACAUGGAGAAGAUCCUCUUGGAUGCACAACAUGAAUCUGGACAGAGUAGCUCAAGAGGCAGUUCUCACUGUGACAGCCCUUCCCCACAGGAAGACGGGCAGAUCAUGUUUGACGUGGAGAUGCGCACCAGCAGGGACCACAGCUCUCAGUCAGAAGAAGAAGUUGCAGAAGGAGAGAAAGAGGUAGAUGCUUUGAAGAAAAGUGUAGACUGGGUGUCUGACUGGUCCAGUAGACCUGAAAACAUCCCACCCAAGGAGUUCCACUUCAGGCACCCGAAACGUUCUGUGUCUUUAAGCAUGAGGAAGAGCGGAGCCAUGAAGAAAGGGGGUAUUUUCUCUGCAGAGUUUCUUAAGGUGUUCAUUCCAUCCCUCUUCCUCUCUCACGUUUUGGCUUUGGGGCUGGGCAUCUACAUUGGAAAACGACUGAGCACACCUUCUGCCAGCACCUACUGAGGGAGAGAAGAGCCCUGGGAAGGCGUGUGACUCGUAAAGUGGUGUAUUGUCACAGUAGUUUAUUUGAACUUGAGACCAUUGUAAGCAUGAAUCAACCUGCCGCCCUAUUUUUACAUAUCCAAGUUCCAGUAACUCUCAAAUCCAGUAUUCAAACUCUUUUGAGGCAUUUUACUAACCUCAUUCCCUUUUUGGCCUGUAAAACACUUUAGAAUUUCCUAACAGAGUUUACUGUUGUUUAGAAAUUGCAAGGGCUUCUUUUCCGCAAAUGCCACCAGCAGAUUAUAAUUUUGUCAACAAAGCUGUUAUCUUCUUUUAGUACCUACAGACCACAGACCUAUACCUGCAUCAUUCAUGGGAUAAAUUUAACACUUGCAGGAUACCUCCCGUCUCUCUCUCAAAACCAAGAUCAGGUUAGCAAAUGAUAUAAAAGCUGUGUUGUUUUGUUUCUCAAGACAAAGGCAGGCUUCCCUAAGCUUGAAUUUAUAGUUAAUUCAAAACAAAAGGAAACAAAAACAAAUGGAAAAAAACAAGAUGCAAGAAAAAAAGUAUCCUGGGCAAUAAAAAAUUAUUUUAAACCAGUUUUGGAACCACUUUUUGUGUAAGCCUCUUAAUGGCGCCUUUUAAUUCGUAGGAGGCAGGCUGUUUAAAUGAUAGGGAGGAAAUGGAAGGGCUAAGACGCGCCAGCAGACGUUAAUACCAGUGUGUUAACAGCACGCUCUUCUGUGGUGUAGAAUCUCUCUCUGGUAGGGAACGUCUCAGGCCCAGAAAUCUAUGAAAUCGCUUUUGGGGAUUUUUGUGUGUUUGGUAUUUUUUAUGUUUAUUAGCUGCACGUGAAUUUGUCAUGACUUUCUUUAAAUUUUUUCUUUCCUUUUUUAAAUUUUUUUCCUAAGAGGCUCUGGAAUGAGUUCCAAUUUGUGGUGUAAAUACAGGCUUCUUGUUUUAGGAAGCAUCACUUAUACUCUGAAGCCUUUCAACUCUGAAGAUGACUGUUUCAGAGUUAUUCCAAGCCUUGGGCGACUUUGCAAAGCAGACUUGGGUUGUGGGAACAGCUGACAGAGUUCUGAAGAGAUGCCAUGUGUCUCCUUCCGCACCCUCCCUUUCUGGUGUUCACUGUGCCACCUCCCCGAGGGGCUCCUGUGAUUCUGCGGGCGCUGGCCGUUUCCUCCUGUAGCCUUCUUUUCAGUUACAUGAAACUCCUACUAAAGUUCCAGAACACUCAGCAAUUUCCUCUACUGAUACACUUUCUUUGUUCGUUUCUAAAAUGUGAAGCUUUAGGACCAAAUUGUUAGAAAGCGUCAGGACUACCGAUUAUUUCAAGUAGGUUUACUGGAUUUCAGAACCCCCAGCAUGACUCUGACGGAUACUGUGGUAUGUUUUAUACAUAAAUAAUUACUAUUGAAUAUUUAGAGAACCACCAGGAAUUUUAAAACUAGCAAUCUAUUCAGUAAAUGAAGUGCACCAGGUUGACGUAGAUGCACUAUGACAACCAGGUUUGCCAGGCUGCCGCGACUCUCCUCUCUCUCACAUCAAGUUUUGUAAAAAUUGAUGUGCUAUAGAGGGAAAUAACAUGCAGAUUAAACAAAAAAACUAAGUUCUGAGUACCUUUAUUCAAGAAUAUAGCUGGCUGUCUUUAAGAAGGAUGAUAUAUCCAGGUAGUUUUCUGAAUUAUUUUGCUUUGUUUUUCUUUCUAGGUUUUGAUGUCUAAAUAAUUUUGGACAUCUUUUUAUUCUACCUUGUUUCUGUCUUACUCACAAGCCUGGUAACACUUGAUUUGCCUUCCAUGACCUGUUUAUUUCAAGGCUUCAUAUUUGAACUUCUUAGAGAAGAAAGCAAAUCUGAUGGCCCACUGAUUUUGAAAAAGCCUGAAUAAAAUUGGAAAGGCCGGUAAAGAGACCUAAAUAGCUGAACUGUUAAAAUGUAUAGUUUGUGUUACAGUUGGUACCUUGGGAGAGAAAAGUAAAAUUAUACUUAAAGACAAGGCAACUUUUUAUAGGCAACCCAUUGCUCUCUUUUGAAACUCAGUAGUAAUCCUGUCAGGAGUGUGAUUUGAAUUUAGGUAUAUUUACAAUUUUUUUCAACAUUGAAAAUAAAUGUAGCUCUGCCCCUUUUAAUAGCUGUGAAAUUUUGAACUAUUACUUAAAACAUGAAUACAUGAUCACAGUAGAACUGAAUCAUAUUAAGAUGAAAUCGUGCAGUAUUUAUUGAUGACCCUAACAUGCGGGAUGAAUGUUUAUGCUCCCACCCAGAUUGGUGUUGAGUGGAAACAGACUGUGGGAUGGGAAAGGAGACUUUGACAAUUAACAGUUGACAGUUUUAAGAUUAAUGUUGAAAAAGCUUUACACCUGUUUACAAUUUGGGGACGAAAAGGCAGGCUUCAUUUUUCUUAUGUUUGAUGAAAACUGGCUUAAAAUAUUUGUAAAUAUAAUCAAGAGCAAAACUGUGCAAACUUGCACAUUGAGAAGUGCAGCGAGUUACUUUGAUUGCAGUAAAAAUAUUUACUAUUCUCAAGAAUGAAAAUUGAAGACUUAGCCAGUCAGAUGAAUUUUUAAAUGAACCAGUUGUUGAAACGAUCGGAAUUAACUGAGCCAAAGUGAUUACGCGUCUCAUUCUUCAUCUGUUUAGUUAGCACUUUGUAUCACUGUAUACAGUUUACAACACAUGUAUAACUUGUAGCUACAAACAUUUUGUGCCAUUAAAGCUCUCACAAAACUC